AUGUCAGGAAUUAGAAGAGAUACAUCUCGGUCUCCUAUAAGAGGAGAUAACUCUGGCCGUCAAAGAGAUAAAAUUCAAGAUUUGAAUAAGAACAGUGAAAUGUCAAAUGUAAUGAAUCAGAUGUUGAUGCCAAAUAUGUAUACACAGGGCAACAUGCUUGUGGCCAGUGGAAUGUUUGGUAAUGUCAUGAUGCCAAAUACACUCAUGACUGGAUCAAUGAUGCAACCUACAACAAUGGAGAUGAUGCCUAGAUCUGGAAUGGAAAUAAUACCUCCGGCAUCCAUGGACAUUUCGAUGAUUGGAGCUCCAUCGUUAGGGGCGGCGGGUGCCCCUCCUAUGGACAUGGGCGUCAUGGGCGGCGUGAUGAUGGACCAUCCCAUGGUGGCGAUGUAUUCCAAUGCGAGCACGGAAAUGGUGCAGGAGAAAAAGGAGAUAUUGCUGAAACACUGUAAGCUGACCCCCCCCGAUCCCGGGACGCCGAAGCCGCCGCGCAGGGAACGGCCGCCCGGCUGCCGAACUAUCUUCGUGGGCGGGCUGCCGGACAAAAUGCGCGAGGGCAUAGUGCGCGAUAUAUUCGAGCGGUACGGAAGGAUUCAGAUCCUGAGGCUGUCAAAGAAGAACUUUUGCCACAUCCGCUUCGACAGGGAGAGCUGUGCGGACGCCGCGAUGGCUAUAACGGGCUACAAAGUCAAACUCACCAUCCGCGACAAGGAAGACAAAGACAUGGACAAUGACGAGGACGACUCGCACGCGACCAAUGGCUGGCUGCACGUCGACUACGCUUUGAGCCGAGACGACCAAAACGAAUACGACAGGCGACAGCGCCAAGCCCUGCGCUCUCAGCAUGCUCAAGUGCAGGCGAUCAAUGUCCCACAGGAGGUUGGACGGAAGAUAAUUUACAGGCGAUCCCCCUCGCCCGUCAGAAUCCAGCAGUUCACUAAUGCGACCCUGGCUCAGUUAGCAGAAAAGAUAAAGAGCGAGGAGAAUUUCGCACUGUCGCUUCCAACACUGAUAGCUUGGUUGGAACGCGGCGAGUGCUCGAAGAAGUAUUCGAACCACUUCUAUUCGAUGAUCCAGGCGACCAACACGCACACACGAAGGCUGUUCAACGAAAAGGUUCAAGCCGAUGACGAGCUGCAACAAUGCAAGGAAAAAGUGAAGAGCACCAUUCAGAACAUCAUCGAACAACUCGAACAGGUGGCGAAAGUGUUUACAGCCGCUACCCAUCAGCGCGUGUGGGACCACUUUACAAAGCCGCAGAGGAAAAACAUCGAGACUUGGCAAAAAAUGGCACAGGACUACAAUAACUUAAAGGAAGAGUUUUAUGAGAAAUUCCAAAAUGAUGAAAUGGAUUACAACUGCAUGCGUAUCAAUAAAGGAACUGACUACAACAAUGAAGAAGUCCAACUGUUAAAGAGAGAAAAUGAGAGUCUUCAAUUUCAACUCGAGGCAUAUAAAAAUGAGGUAGACGUUAUAAAGAACGAGGCGCAAAAAGAGAUGGAAAAAUUCAAAGCGCAGUUUAUCGCAAGGCAGGCGUUGCAAAGUGCCAUAGACACCAAAGAGCCGCCGCUGCCCUCUCCCGUGGUGAAGCCGCCGCCGCCGCCUCCCCUGCCCGAAGACCUGGACGCGAAGGUGCACCUAAGGGAGACCGUGGAGGCCGGCUGCGGCGAGGCGAAGCUCAUCGGCGUCAUGUCGGCGUUCUUGCAGGUGCACCCGCAAGGCGCGAGCCUCGACUACGUGGUGUCGUACGUGCGCGCUCUGUUCCCGCACGUGUCGCAGGCGACGGUGCACCGCGUGCUGCAGAAGCACGGGGACGUGUUCCAGCGCACCACCAGCGGCGUGGGCGCCAACAUCGAGAGCCGCUGGUCCUUCGUGGCGCUCGGGCCGCGCACG